AUGUGGGUCGAAGGUAAUGAAACUCCAAGUCUUGGCUCAGUACCAGUUACUGAAGGGAAGUUUGAAGACAUGCCAAAGAAUGCCCAACGCUUUGUAGCUAAAUGGGUUGGAAUUUGCAAACCAACAAGCGUGUACAUAUGUGAUGGAAGUGAAAAACAAAAAAAUGAGCUAAUUGAAAAACUGCUAAAGAAUGGUUCAAUGCAUAGAUUACCUCCGUACGAAAAUAAUUUUAUCACAUGUACAGAUCCUAAAGAUGUUGCUCGUGUUGAAUCUAAAACAUGGAUUUGUUCAGAACAUCAAAAAGAUACAGUACCUGAUGUUGCACCAGGUGUUAAAGGUGUUCUUGGCCAAUGGAUAUCACCAGAAAAUUUAAAUGUAGAAAUUAAAGAACGUUAUCCAGGCUGUAUGGAAGGUCAAGUAAUGUAUGUAAUACCAUUUAGUAUGGGUCCAGUUGGUUCACCAUUGAGUAAAGUUGGUAUUGAGAUAACUGAUAGUAUAUAUGUUGUUCUGUGUAUGACUAUUAUGACACGUAUGUGUCCAGAAGUAUGGAAAGUUAUCGAGUCUAGCAAAGAAUUUGUCCGAUGUGUACACAGUGUUGGAUGUCCCGCAUCAUCUACCCAUAAAAUUGUCAACAAUUGGCCGUGUAAUCCAGAGAAAACGCUUAUCUCACAUGUACCAAAAGAACGUCUUAUCAUGUCUUAUGGUAGUGGAUAUGGCGGGAAUUCUCUCCUGGGUAAAAAGUGCUUUGCUCUACGUAUUGCUGGUUGUAUUGCACAUGAUGAAGGCUGGCUGGCUGAACACAUGUUAAUUAUGUCUGUUACUAAUCCAAAAGGUGAGGAGAAGUUCAUCGCUGCUGCUUUUCCCAGCGCCUGUGGCAAAACAAAUAUGGCUAUGCUUGAACCAUCAUUACCUGGCUGGAAGGUGCAAUGUGUUGGUGAUGAUAUCGCUUGGAUGCGUUUCGAUGAACAUGGUGUUCUACGCGCCAUCAAUCCAGAGGCUGGUUUCUUCGGUGUUGCACCAGGAACAAAUGCCAAAACAAAUCCAAAUGCAUUGGCCACUUGUAUGAAGAACACCGUUUUCACGAAUAUUGCACAAACAAAAGACGGCCAUGUGUUUUGGGAAGGUCUUGAAGAUGAUUAUACUCCAGAUACUGAGAUUAUUACAUGGCUUGGUGACCACGUGAAAUUGUCAGAUAAAAGUCAUGAUCCUAAAGCCCACCCGAAUUCAAGAUUUUGUUGUCCAGCAAAACAAUGUCCAAUUAUUCAUCCUAAAUGGGAAGAUCCCAAGGGCGUACCGAUUUCAGCGAUUAUAUUCGGUGGUCGGAGACCUGAAGGUAUCCCACUGGUCUUACAAUCAUUUGAUUGGAAACAUGGUGUUAUGUUGGGUGCUGCGCUGAAAUCUGAAGCAACUGCAGCUGCUGAAUUUAAAGGCAAACAAGUAAUGCACGAUCCAAUGGCUAUGCGUCCUUUUGUUGGUUAUAAUUUUGGACAUUAUCUAGAUCAUUGGUUAAGUAUGGAUAAACCAUCGCAUAAAUUACCACUGAUAUUCCAUGUGAAUUGGUUCCGAUUAAAUAAACAAGGCAAAUUUGUAUGGCCUGGUUUCGGUCAAAAUAUUCGUGUCAUUGAUUGGAUAAUGAAACGUGUAAAUGGUGAAGAUAUCGGUGUACCAUCACCUAUCGGCAUUUUGCCUAAAAAGGGAACUAUUGAUUUCGAUGGAAUUAAAGCUGAUUGGGAUGAAAAUUUCUCCUUGCCAAAAGAUUAUCUCUUAGAAGAUGUUGAAGAGACAAUUAAAUACUUACAUGAACAAGUUGGUAAAGAUCUACCUGAAGUUAUUCAAAAAGAAUUAGACAAUCAACGUCAACGUAUUCAAACUCAACUUUAAUUCUACUCGAAUCAAUAAUUAUUGAUGAUAACAAUAACAGUAAUAAUAAUAAUAAUAAAAGCAAUAUUAUCAUGAAGCUAUUAUAUUGUCUUCAUGAAUAAGCAAUACAUCGAAGUCAGGUUUUUAUUUUCUUUCUAAUUUGAUCUAUUUCAAAUCAUAAAAUGAACGUCAAUCAAAUUCGAAUGAACUUGAUUUUUAAUUUUUGUUUCCUGUAACUGUCCUUUUCGUUUAUCUUCACAUAUUUUCUGUCGUCGCUUUCAGUCAACUUAGUCACUGUUGUUGAUCUUGUUGUUGUCGAUGUUUCUGUUGUUGCUGAUCCCUUCUGUCUUUUUUUUCUGAUCGCAUUUGUGUUUUUUUUCAUUUUACAUAUUUAUGUUAAAUGCUCAAGGGUUUUUUUUGUCUGUUUUAAUUGUACUAACUGCUUCUGCUACUAGUACUACGAUUACGACUACUACUAAUUUUUAUGAUUUUCUUUAUAUGAAGCACUAGAUCAAUUAGUUGAAUUAAUUAAUAUACACAAAUAAAAUAUUCAAUUAUA